AUGCAGACAGGAAAUACCUCCGGCUACAACUGCCAUUCGUGUAAGGAGCUAGAUGUCGUCGACUCGAUGAUGGCCUGCGAUGUCUGUAAUAGCUGGCACCAUUUCAAAUGUGUAGGCGUAGACUAUACUGUCAAGGAUCGCCGUUGGGUGUGCCAAAAAUGUGACCUGGGAUCUUCUUCUAGCCUGCUGAAUCCCCCGCAGGCGAAGGAGAAGACGGCAAAAGGCGGCGGUAGCAAGACGUCAAAAUCACGGAGCAAGAAGCCAGAAAAAACCAUCGGAUCUAAAGUGAGUGUCACGUCCAGCGCUCGAGCGGCAGCAAUAGAGGCCCAAAUGCGUUUGCUGGAAGAAGAAGAGUUGAUGAAGGAAAAGGAGUUAAAGGAACAAGAAGAAAUGCAGCGUCAGGAGUUCGCCGAGGAACAGCGCAAACUUGAAGUGAAGAAGAAGCUUUUGGAAGAAGAAACAAACCUCAGGGAGGCAGAGUUGACGAAACAAAAGGCAUUGCAGGAAAAAAUGAUGCUGCUAAGGCGCGAGUCGAUGGAGAAAAAGAAGGAGUUGCUGCGGCAGCAAGCAGAGUUGAGCGAAUCCUCAUCAUCAUCGCUUAUUUCCAAGUCAGAGAGAGUGAAAGAUUGGAUCACAUCACAACGGUGUAUCAAGGGUGACAAUACUGAUCUGCAACAACGAAUCUCUUGGCCGACUUCUCGUCUAGUGAACCCCACAUCGCCCCAAAAGCCUGACGGAACUGUAGUAACAUCUACUCCUCCAGUACACGAGCUUGCCAAUCUGUCAUUACAAGACGAUGAUCGCUGCACACUCAAUCCGGAGUUACCAUCUGCAUAUAUGCAAAUUGCGGCCCGACAAGUCACGGGUAAGGACCUCCCGAUCUUCAGCGGCAAUCCGGAAGACUGGCCGAUGUUUAUUCGAACGUACGAAGAAACAACGAAAGCUUGUGGAUUCUCAGAUGUCGAGAAUUUGGUACGUCUCCAAAAAUGCCUACGUGGAAUCGCUCUCGAAACUGUACGCAGUCGGCUUAUGAUGCCCGCCGGAGUGUCCCACGUAUUCAAGACUCUCCAAAUGCGUUUCGGUAGACCGGAACUUAUCAUUCGUUCACUACUAGAGCGGAUUCGUCGGGUUUCAGCUCCUAAGCCGGAGCGUCUAGAUACUCUCAUCGACUUCGGUUUGGCCGUGGAGAAUCUAGUGGUUCAUUUGCAAGCUGCGAAGCAAGAAAACCACCUUACAAAUCCGGUUUUGUUACAAGAAUUGGUCAUGAAGCUGCCGGCGCAGCUUAGAUUGGAUUGGGCGAGGUACAAACUUCUUCGUCACGAUGCUACUCUGGCGACAUUUGGGGAGUUUAUGAACGAGCUUAUUCAAGCAGCCAGCGAAGUGUCCUUCGAUCUACCAAUCAGCCUAUCAACGAAAACCGAAAAGCCCAAAGACAGAGAGAUGGCUUUCGUUCACGCCCACGACACCCCAGAUACCGAAUCGAAAAAUACCGUGGCGACAAAGAAGGUCCCUAAGCCGUGUAUCGUCUGCAGCACCAUAGGACAUCGCAUGGCGGAGUGCGAAGAAUUCAAAGCAAAAGGUUUCGACGAUCGAGUGCAGAUAGUGCGACAGCAUAAUCUGUGUCGCACGUGUUUGAAUUUCCAUCAGAAGUGGCCCUGUCGAACAUGGCACGGUUGCAACAUCGAAGGCUGUCGUGAUAGGCAUCACUUCCUCCUACAUCCACCAAGAACAACCAAUCCUGCACAUUUCUCCACCUGUCAUAGCUCUGUAACCCAAGAGAUUUGUGACCGUUAUCCGCACUUCUGCAUUCUUCCCGUGGUUGUGUCCAUGGCAAAUAAACAGCAGAUGAUAUACGCGUUCAUCGACGAGGGAUCCUCUUCGACGCUUUUGGACCGCUCAGUCGCCGAGCAACUGGGCUUGGACGGCCCAAUGGAACCCCUGACUCUACAGUGGACUGCAAACGUUGCCCGUCGAGAAGCACAUUCCAAAAGGGUAGCUCUCCAAAUUGCUGGAGCCGGAAAGACAUGCUCGUUUCAAAUUAAAGGAGCCCGUACAGUCGAGCGCCUUCUAUUGCCGAAACAAUCCCUUGCGUAUGAUGCGCUAGCGAUGCAAUAUCCACACUUGCGUGGUUUACCUAUCGCGGGCUAUGACAAGGCGGAGCCAAAAAUAUUGAUAGGACUCGACAACCUAAGCUUAUGCGUACCGCUGAAAAUCCGAGAAGGGAAUAUCGACGAUCCCAUCGCCGCCAAAUGCCGAUUGGGAUGGACGAUCUACGGCUACGGGAUACGUACACCAAAGCAAACUGUGUCGGUCAAUUUCCACGUACCAGCUGCUCGGGAUGUGGACCAUGAAUUGAAUCAACAAGUCAAUGAUUUUAUUUCACUGGAUCAAUCGGGAGCUACGCCAGCUUUCGCAAUACCCGAGUCUGAUGCCGACAAAAGAGCGAGGAAAAUACUAGAAGAAACAACUCGUAGAGUGUCCACCAGAUUUGAAACUGGGUUGUUAUGGAAAUCGGACAACAUCGAAUUUCCUGAUAGCUUUCCGAUGGCGGUCCGGCGGCUGGAGUUGCUGGAAAGGAAAUUAGACAAAGACCCAUCCCUUCGUUGUCGAGUGCACCAGAAAAUGGACGAAUAUUUAGCAAAAGGAUACUGUCAUCCGGCAACCUCUGAGGAGCUGAAAUUGUCGGACAACAAGCGAGUUUGGUACCUUCCGUUGUGCAUAGUCGUCAACCCAAAAAAGCCAAACAAAGUGCGAGUAGUCUGGGAUGCGGCAGCGAAAGUGAACGGCGUGUCGUUUAAUUCAGCUUUGCUCAAAGGUCCAGAUCUGUUGACAAACCUUGUUGCUGUUCUGUACCACUUCCGUGAGUACAGAAUCGCGGUGACCGGAGACAUAGAAGAAAUGUUUCUUCGGCUUCUAAUUCGACCUGAAGAUAGCCAAUCGCAGCGGUUUCUAUGGAGACAGAAUCCUGGAGACGCUCCUGCUGUAUACGUGAUCGAUGUUGCUACCUUUGGAUCGACUUGUUCCCCAAGCUCGGCUCAAUUUGUAAAAAACACCAAUGCGAGAGAAUAUUCGGAGGAGUUCCCUCGAGCAUCCACAGCAAUAAUCAAAUACCACUACGUGGAUGAUUACCUCGAUAGCUUUGAGACAAUAGAAGAAGCUAUCGAGGUAGUCAAACAGGUGAAGUCGAUCCACUCUAAAGGCGGCUUCAAUCUACGUAAUUUCUUGUCCAACUCCGGCGACGUACUCGCAGCGAUCAACGAAGCAAGCACCAAUGAUAAUGACGACACUAAACCACUGAAUCUAGUACGAGCUGAGAAAGUCGAAUCCGUAUUAGGGAUGAAGUAG